AUUGUAGAUUGUGUCCUCGCGCGACUCGUAUGGAAACGUCAGUUCCUCUAGCGUGCAACGAAACUCCCUUCCUGAUUGGCCAGUCUCGCGUCCGUGCCCGCAGCAGGUUGAAAUUUGAUUACGAACGUCAGUUUCGUUCCUGCUCUGUUCGUAGUAACGCGAGUGAAUUUUUUUCCUCCCCUCGAGUUGACUGCGAAUUGUCAUGUGCGCGAUUCCGCUGUGAAAUAUACAUCUCGCGGUGUGUAUUUGUACGCAUUACGUAACUCGCGUCGGCCAAUUGCACGCGACCGAACGUCAACGAGACAAAGAGACACACAUAGUUCGAGUGGCGUAACGAAAUUGUUGGAAAUCGUUGUGCUGAGUGACAGAGUAAUCGAAAGCACAAAAAGAAAAAAAAAAGAAGUAUUUCCGCCAAAAGUUACAUCAAGAGUCGAGUAACGAAGGACGAUGUAACGGGAAGUACGUGAAGAAAUUUCUCGCCGCGUUUAGGUGGCGUUAGAACUCGAAGAACAACGAUCGCUGGAUAUUCGUGUCCGCCAUUAUAUCCGACCGGUCGCCAUGAUGUGCGCUCUCGCUCCCGAGUAACACCAAUACAGCAACAGCCGUAGAAGCAUCUGGACGAUCGGUAGCCACGGUUCUACGAAAAUCACGAUUCCUCGUUUCUUGGACAAUCUCGUGUUUGCACGUGUGAUUAAUUUCGAAACCCGGUGGACCCGUCGAACCUCUUCGUGCGAGUGUGCGUUUUCUUAAUGCGUUUGCGAAUACGUGAGUCGCACGCUCGUCACAUCUGCCUUCGAGAACACGUAGCUCGUUGUUUCUUGAGGAACAUGGCUGAACAUCGUUUCGACGGUGCGGUGAAAUUGUGUGUACGGUUCUGUUGAAACGACGUUCCCCCAUCUCGGCUGUUGGAGCUAGCAGUUCUCGAGCGUUGUGAAAAUGACGUCCAUACACUUCGUCGUGCAUCCGUUGCCCGGAACGGACGACCAGCUGAACGACAGGUUGAAAGAAGUGGCAGAAAAGAUCAACAGAUAUGGAUUCGUAACAUUGCCAGCAUUUAGUAGCUUGAAAGUUGCAGUGAAACACAUCGUAGUUGGUCCGACACAUAUUGCCCUUCUUACAGAAGAUCAUAAAAUUUGUAGAGUUGCAUUUACAGUGCUGUCAGAUAGAUUGGAUUUAAGCAAAAAUGAACCAAAUAGAAACACAAAUAAAAACCAUGUUGAUAACUCGAAUUCAGCACCGAACGGUGGUACUAGCAGUGGAAGCGGAAGCAGAGCCGGAAUGUCUAGAUCACGUGCAAGAAUCAUGCGUGGCAGUUCUGCCAUACGUGGUGGUGGGAGUAGCGGAGGGAGCAGCAGUGGAGGCAGAAUAGGCCCUCCAGGUGUAAUCAUGGGUGGAGGAAGUGGUAGCAGUUCGCGUCCAAUUGCAUCUGUGCCUGCUCCGUUUGUACCGGAAGAUCUUAUUACACAGGCUCAAGUAGUAUUGCAGGGAAAAAGUCGUAACCUUAUUAUUAGAGAAUUACAGCGUACAAAUUUAGAUGUAAACUUAGCAGUAAAUAACUUGCUGUCACGAGAUGACGAAGAAGGUGAUGAUGCUGAAGAUACAGCAGAUACCUAUGUUCCGGAAGAUCUCAUUUCGUUGUUAGAUGGUGGAUUUAGUAAUGAACACUCUGUUAUAAUUGACGCAGAUUCUAUGUUUCCUGAAGACAUGUUUGGAUAUACUGGAAUGAGAAACCGAGGUAGCUCUUCACGUAGAAUAGGAAAUGACAGAGAAGGUGAACGUACUUCUGAGCGAGAUCGAGAUCGAGAUAAUUUCAGUAAAUGGAGAGAUCGUCAAUAUUGUGGCCCGAGACGUUGGUUGGAAUCAGCACUUAAAGACUCAUGGGACAAAGAUUCUGAUAAUAAAAAGAAAGAGUUGGCUGCUCAAAGUCCAUUAUGGAUAUCGGACGAAUUAGAGUGGUGGCACGAACGCAGCAGUGAUCUUGCUCCUCGUUUUGUACAAAUCGCAUCGCUUUAUAGUGAAUUAAUUGCCGUUUCUGCCGGUGGACAAUUAUAUCAGUGGAAAUGGUCGGAGUCUGAACCAUACAAACACCCAGAGAAUCUAAAUAUACAUCAUCCGAAAGCUCCGUGGUUGGCAGUAACUACAGAAAAGAUAGUUAAUAUAUCUGCAACAGCUAUUCGAUGUUCCAUUAGCACUGAAUCUGGCAAAGUAGCUACCUGGCUUGAUGAACUCGUAGGACAUGUUGCUUCUCGUCUUGAACAUCCAGCACAAACUUUCACAGAGUUCACGCUGGACAAAAUAGUAUCCCUUCACACCUGUGCUUUAUAUACGGUUGCUAAACUUGAAAGUGGUGCAUUGUAUUGGUGGGGUGUAUUACCUUUUGCACAACGUAAAAAAUUGUGGGAGAAAUACAAGGCUAAAUCGCGCAAACAUAGAUCAUCCACGGUAUCGUCAAACGAUAUUAGUUACGGCGCACAUGUUUGUAUGAAAAAUAGUCCUAUAUAUCAUCCUGGUGCAAUAGGCUUUACCAUUGCCAAUGGAGUUCCAAAAGUAGGGCAAUUAUUAGGGGCAGCGUGGAAUUUAGAUAGCACGUACAGAUUUAAGAUAUUGCCAGCUGGAACUCAUUUGCCCAACGUUAGCGCAGAGAAACGAGAAACGAAUGGGAAUAGCGGAGCAGGCAGUAUCAACAAAACAAAUAACAAAGAAACUACCGAUCGCCUCGACAUGCCUCCGCCGCCGUCGCCGGCUUCGAGCACGUGCAGCGACACCGGCAGCAUUACGACAAGUCACAAAAGACAGAAGCGAGUUGCACCUCGAAGUGAGGGAGAGUCGGAGCGAAAAGAUGAGGAGGAAUGGCAAUUGAAGGAUGUUGUUUUCGUGGAGGAUGUAAAGACAGUGCCGAUCGGUAAAGUCAUAAAGGUCGACGGUUGUUACGUCGCCGUGAAAUUCUUCUCGAAGGACUCGAAGGAGAAAGAGAUCAAAGAGAAAGAUUUCAGCACCUCAGAUUUCAAGGAUUUAACAACCGAGGAAUUAAUUAAACUGCUAGCUGAUUGCAGAUUGUUGAGAAAAGACGAGAUACAAGUGAUAAAAUCGUCGAUGAAUCCCAGAGCUCCAGACUGUUUCCAACGGACACCCCGAAGAGUGAAUAUCGUUGAAGGAUCGAACGAUAGUAUUUUGAGCAUCGCUACUGAUGGCCAGGGAAUCCACGCGAUAGUAAAAAGUGCAAACAAAUUAAGCUACGUUGUGUACAAUUUAAGUACUGGAAGAUACGUUCAAGAUUGUUACAUCCCAUCGGACGUAUCGUCGUUUCUGGGUUUGCAGCCUCAAAAUAUUAGUUUGACCAACUCUGGAGAAAAUAUCGAAUGUUCCAUGAUACUCAGAGAUGGAAACAACACGAUCUAUCCAUUAGCAAAGGAUUGUGCCGAUGCUAUCCGUGAUCCAAAUUGGUUGGAUUUGGUUCCAGUUUUAUGUAUUGGUGCUUCGACCAUUCCCAUACCGACCUGUUCAAAUUCAAACAACAUGAAAAACCAAGUCGCAGUUAUUGCAUUAGCAUUUGACAAUCUCUUAUUAAUGCCGCGUAUAUUGAGGUGCGAUUAUGAGAGCAUUAAGCAGGUAUUUUGCAAUUUGGAACAAGAUCAAAAGAACAAUGCAGCACAGAUUCAAUCAGUAUUAAUGGAACGGUGUGAUGGUAAUCGCAAUAUUUUGCACGCUUGCAUCAGUAUGUGCUCGCCAACUUCGAAUAAAGAAAAUGAUCAAGGUAUUGAACGUGAGCUGGUUUCGAAUACUGUUGACGGUCCGUCAGCACCUAUCGAGGAACCAAUUCCAACUUUAAGCUGGCCACCGGAAGCGUUUGAUAAUACAUCAGGAGAAGAAGACAGUUUGCUCAGCAUUGGUACUGCUAGCAUAUCAAUGAUGAACAAAUCAGGUAAAAGUGUUGGAGCAACGUCAAACAAUACCUACAUCAUAGAUUCCGUUGAAAGAAGAAACAACGCGUUACUCAUAUUAAAAUACAUGUGUGAAAGUAGCGUGCUAGCACCCCACUUAAAAGAAUUACUCACAGCAAAGGAUAUCCAGGGCCAGACACCGUUAAUGCUUGCUGUAUCUGUCCGAGCGUAUCACGCGGCUCUCAUUCUACUGGAUGUUAUUCAAAGAGUUGGAAAAGAUCAAAAGGAGUGUUCAGCUAUGAUACUUCCUGCGGAUGCUAAUCCAGAUUUAUCGCCACUGUUCGUCACAUGUUGCAACGACACAUGUAGUUUCACGUGGACCGGAACUCAACAUAUUGAUCAAGAUAUCUUCGAGUGCAAAACUUGCGGGUUGAUCGGGUCUUUGUGUUGCUGUACAGAGUGUGCCCGCGUUUGCCACAGGGGACACGACUGUAGAAUAAAAAUCACUUCUCCCACGGCUUACUGCGACUGUUGGGAAAAGUGCAAAUGCCGUGCGCUGAUCGCGGGCCAUCAAGGUGCUCGUUAUGAACUUCUCUGUCGUCUCGUAGUAAAUACCGAUCUUGUGACGAAGAUCAACUCACGAGGAGAAAGUAUUUUACUCUUCUUGGUUCAAACUGUUGGAAGGCAAUUGAUUGAACAACGACAAUAUCGUUCUGCGCUGCGACAACGUUCAGCAUCUGCAAGUCGUAAAGGACCUUCGUCUGAUGGAUUAGAUACUUACGUACCAGAUAUGCCAGAUCACGAUCUGGAGCCUCCUCGCUUUAAUCGAAAAGCUUUAGAAAGAUUAUUAGAUGAUUGGCCAGCAGUUCAGUGCAUGAUCAUGUCAGGAGUUUCUGUGAACGGAAACGAGCAGUUGUUUGGGGAUCAGGGCCAAUUGUGUCGUCAGAGUGGUACUGCCCUGCUUGACAAAUUCACUCACUCGUUGUUAUUUAAAUGCAGCGCAGAGAUGCUUGAUACUCUCUUAACGACUCUGAUACGAGAGUUACAAAAUGAUACUAUACCCGGCAGACAAGAAGAAGCGAAUAACGUUGCUCGCCGAUUUGUUCGAUCUGUAGCUCGGAUAUUUGUAAUCUUUACAAUAGAAAUGGCGCCCAAUACAACAAAACGAAGAAGUACCAGCCAAGCAUUACAACCAUUAAUGAAGUGUCGUAAAGUAUUCCAAGCAUUGAUUAAAUUAGCCGUCGAGGAAUUGUGUGAGACUGCCGACUCGUUGAUAGCACCCGUGAGAUUAGGUGUUGCUCGUCCUACGGCACCGUUUACCUUGACCAACUCAGCAAUGGAAGUGAUCAACGGCUCUGAGGAAUUGUUUUCCAUAGAACCGCUAAUACCUCAUAGCGGUGUUAGUUCUCAGACUUUAGAUGCCACAUUACAAACGCAACAGGGAAAUAAUAAUAUUACCAUUGCCAGAGAUGUUUCUGCUAUGGACGAGACAGAGGCUGGCGAAGAAGUUCCUAUGGACGUUGAUGGAGACAUCAGCGAGCACGAAGAAUCUGGAGUCUCUGGGACAGUUGCUGGUCAACCACUAGGUGAGAUUGAUAGCAAUGGCGGAGGCGUGGGUGAGGAACAGGCGGGAGACGGCGAAUCCGACACAGAGUUGGAUCUCCUGGCAGAGGCGGAAACGGAGUCAGAUUCCGACGACAAUCACAGCAAUCAAGACGCAGCGUCUGCUCAACGUAGUGUGCAAACCGGUGCUACAGCAGGAUCUGAUGGUGGAAUGGGAUCUAUCUUACUGUUCCCCGAGGAUGAGUCUGGCGAGUCGAGCCAGCAGGAGGACGAUGAAAGCGAGGCAGGAGAAACCGACGAGCAGGAUAACGAAGACUUUCAGAUCGGUGAUGAUCAAUUGGAGCGACGAAGUGGUUCGUCUGGCCAUUUACACCGUAAUAAUCUCGCGCCUGUUUCUAUGCAAUGGGCGAUACGUAAUCGCGACUCAAAUAUGCGUACGACUGGAUUACGAGUAACAGGUGGCAGUAAUCUGGUUUUUAUUGACUCUACGUCAUUAAGACGCACCACUGCAACGUCCGCUGUUGCAGCUGCGCAAGAACCCAUAAUCAUGGGUACUAGCACCACUUGUUUGGCACGUGCAUUUGGAAUUGUUAUUAGACAGAUAGCCGAUCUUUUAGUUAUGAUGCAAGAUUACAAAACGCUAGCGCCCUCUCUGCCGCGACUUAUGGAGAUUACUUAUCAAGACGCGCUGAACCUGCAGAUGUAUCUCGAGGGGCAUUUGAAACCGACGUGGGAUUGGUUGCUCACAGUCAUGGAUGCCACAGAGGCACAACUGAGAUUCGGUGUAUCAUUGACACGUAGCGCGGAUCCUACGCAUCCGGAGCAUCCGUUGAACAAUGCCUCGUCGUUGUCCGGAGGCAAUUUCUCUGGUCUGUUGAAUACAGCGGCGCUGUCGUUGACAUUGCAAUCUAAUACAGGUCGGAAUCAACGCAGUGGUAUCGCUACGAGCUCCAAUAUCUCCACUCCACAAGCUUCUACAAGACUCACCGUUGGUUUUGCAGGCGUUGGCGAACCUUCGAGAAACAGUAGAGAACGCGAAGGUGGAGAUGUUUACUUGGCGAGACGUGAAUUCUUGUCCUAUUGCCUAUCCUUAAUGCGUGCUCACAAUGCCGAACACAGGGACAGCUUGCCGGUGUUGGAUGUUUCCGCGCUGAGACACGUGGCGUACGUUUUCGACGCGCUAGUGUAUUACAUGCGUUCGCCGUUGUCGGAGCCAGUGUCCUCGCGUGGAGAUAGCCAAAAGGAGUCGUCGAAUUACACAGGUUGGAAUGAUCAGGACGAGAACGACAAUGACGAGGGAGAGGAGUACAGUUCACCAGUGCCCACAGCACUGGAGACAGACUCUGUCGAUUACCCUGAUUUACUUCAGGUUCCCAACUGCGGGCCAGGCAAUAACAGUAACAAUGUACCAAAAGGAAGGAAGCAUCCGUUUUUGCAAAGAUCAGACUCGACGUUGUGCCUCGGUUGUCCGCCUCUCGAUCCGUUUGACACUGUCAUGAGCGAGGCGUUGCCGUUAGCCGACCAGCCGCACUUACUGCAACCCCACUCAAAGCGGGAGGAUCUGUUCGGUAUACCGAGGCAACCGGCAACAAGCGCAGGUCCUAAUCAGAAUCCGUUAGAGGGAUUACCAACGAGACUUAGUCUGUCCGCCCGUGGUGCUGAUAAUCAGAAUAUCCCCACGCCGACAUUUAGUCAAAUUAUUCAAAGAUCUGCCUUUGCAUCGUCAGAUGCUAGACGUAGCUCUGUUACAGCUGGAGAUCCGACGUCUGCGAAGCACACGGAAAAGACAAAAUCGUUCGGUCAUACGUUUGUCGCGGAGCAAGUCGAUCGAGCUCCGAUCAUUGUUUCUACUAAUAAUCAAAACGAUCAAGCAGCAGGAAGUACCAAAAGCAAUAGAGAUACGUGUAAAAUGAAUAGAAGCGUUAUUGUUAGAGCUGGAACUGUUUCGGAGCCGAGUUUGAGUAAAGCUGGAGCGUCAGAAAUGCCCGUGUCGAACGAAGCGACGCAGAAUAUAACAGAGGAGAUGGACACGUCCGGUUCGAAUCACGACGCGUCAAUGACCCACGAAACGGUCGAGACGAAUCCAGUCUCGUCCAUCGGAUCCAAUAUAUCGCAUAACAUUCUGCUGGGUCGUUGGAGCUUGUCUCUGGAUCUGUUCGGACGAGUUUUUAUGGAGGAUGUGGGAUUAGAGGCUGGUUCGGUUGUGUCCGAGCUGGGUGGUUUCCAAGUGAAGGAAGCGAAGUUUCGCAGAGACAUGGAGAAACUUCGGAACGCUCAGCAAAGAGACAUCAAUCUGUUGAAAGUCGAACGAGACAGAACACAGCUGUUAGUGCAGACAAUGAAGGAAUUAAAUACGCAUUACAACUUGUACAAUAGACGCGCGACGAACGCACCGCCGUUGGCCGUGCAUCGCGUUAAAGUGACCUUCAAGGAUGAACCUGGCGAAGGCACUGGAGUAACUAGAAGUUUCUACACCGCGAUCGCGGAGGCGUUGCUUGCAAACGAGAAACUGCCUAAUUUAGAAGCGGCGCAAGUGGGAUCAAAAUACACGCAGUAUAACGUACUUCGAAAACUAAAAAGCAGAGAUCGUGAUCAUGAUUUGAGACGACAAAAUCCUCGAUCUUCUGGAAAAUGUCGAGAGACGCGUAGAGCAUUGUCAUUCGAAGCUCGAGUUUUUCAUCCAUCCAGUUCUGUCGAAGGGAGCAAUAAUUCUGGGGCUGGUAGUUCAUCCUCCAAUUCCCAUCCGUUACCUGUUAGUCACCCAAAUAACGAUCACUUGACCAUGCAUCAACAACAACUCGGGGACAGGCUAUAUCCAAAGGUCUACGCAUUGCAACCCGCAUUAGCUGCUAAAAUAACUGGCAUGCUGUUAGAGCUGUCCCCUGCGCAGCUAUUGAUGUUACUAGCUUCGGAAGACGCUCUGCGGCAAAAAGUAGAGGAGGCAUUUGAAUUAAUUCGUAGUCACAGCCAGGACUCGGCAAGGGAAGCGUUGUUGGAUCUCGACGUGUUCAGUUUAAUCGCGCGUUGCGGUGCUACCAAGAAAAAGAUUGAGAACAGUAUUUUGGACGACACCGAGGACAAUGCCCCUCUUUUCUACUCGCCGGGCAAAAGAGGUUUUUACACGCCGCGACAGGGGAGAGCCAGUUACGAGCGGCUGAACGCAUUCAGAAACGUAGGCAGGCUUAUAGGAUUGUGUCUUUUACAAAAUGAAUUGUGCCCGAUAUUUUUGAACCGCCAUGUGAUAAAGUAUAUUUUGGGAAGGCCGAUCCGUUUCCAUGAUCUUGCAUUUUUUGACUCUGUAAUUUACGAAAGCCUAAGACAACUUGUGAUCGAUUCCGAGACCAAGGACAGCAACAGUCUAUUCUCUGCUCUUGAUCUUACAUUCAGUAUUGAUUUAUGUCCCGAAGAAGGAGGCGGAUCGAUUGAACUUAUUCCCAGCGGACGUGACAUAGAAGUAACAGCAAGUAAUGUUUACGACUAUGUGCGAAAAUAUGCGGAGGUCCGCAUGAUCAAGGUACAGGAGAAAUCUUUGCUUGCUAUGAGAGACGGAGUGUUCGACGUACUACCCGAGGGAGCGCUCGACGGUUUAACAUCUGAAGACUUGAGACUCUUGUUGAACGGAGUCGGUGAUAUCAACGUUUCCGUUUUGAUAUCGUACACUUCUUUCAACGACGAAUCGGGAGAACCUGCCGAUAGAUUAGCCAAGUUCAAACGAUGGUUGUGGUCUAUCGUCGAGAAAAUGUCGCAUUCAGAACGACAAGACUUGGUAUACUUUUGGACAGGAUCUCCAGCACUACCGGCAAGCGAAGAUGGUUUUCAACCAAUGCCGAGUGUGACAUUACGACCAGCAGAUGAUCAUCUACCAACUGCAAAUACAUGUAUUUCCCGACUAUAUCUUCCAUUGUACAGCUCUCGUCACAUAUUAAGACAUAAACUACUACUUGCUAUUCAGACAAAGAAUUUCGGAUUUGUAUGAAUAUAUAGAUUCUAUAUAUAAUAUAUAAUAUAUAUAUAUAAUAUACAUAAUAUAUAUAUUAUAUAUGUUAUAUAUAAUUAUAUAUAUACAUAAAAUAUAUAUAAUAGAGAUAUUAUAUAUGCAUUAUGUAUAUUAUAUAUACUAUGUGACCAUGUUUGUGCGCAAUAGCUCUAAAAAGAAGUCACAUUAUUGAUAAUGAUAUAAGAAACGAAAAAGAA